CAGCGCCCCGCUCGUAUGCCUUCCUUAGCCUGGCUGGGGUCGGUGCCGCGGCGUCUGGCCGCUCAUUCCCUCGGGAGACCAGCCCGUGGCUGGCGGCUGAACGGCAUGGCUAGCUGCUUUGCAAUGGCCGAGGAGUUGAGGACCGUGGCCGGCAACCAAGCCAAGAGGCUGAAGAGCAGCUGCAGCAACAUAGAGGAGGCAGCGGAAGAAGUUGGGAAGCAGGAGGAAAACGGGCAUGAAACAAAACGGUUCAAGACCAGUGGGGAGGAGGUGGAGGACGGGGUGAAGAGGUUCCCCAAAAGGAAGGUUGUGCUGCUGAUGGCAUAUUCAGGGAAAGGCUAUCAUGGGAUGCAGCGCAAUGUGGGGAAUGCUCAGUUCAAGACGAUUGAGGAUGACUUGGUGUCAGCCCUCAUUCGAUCAGGCUGCAUCCCAGAGAACCACGGUGAAGACAUGAAGAAGAUGUCUUUCCAGAGAUGCGCCCGGACAGACAAGGGUGUAUCUGCAGCUGGGCAGAUCGUGUCGCUGAAGGUCUGGUUGAUAGAAGAUAUCUUGGAAAAGAUAAACCACCAUCUUCCUCCUCAUAUACGAAUUCUAGGACUGAAACGGGUCACAGGAGGGUUCAAUUCCAAGAACAAAUGCGAUGCCCGGACAUACUCUUACAUGUUGCCAACUUUUGCCUUGGCACACAAAGACUCUGACCUUCAGGAUGACACGUACCGCCUGAGCACGAAGACGCUGGAGACCGUCAACAGCCUUCUGGCUUGCUACAAGGGGACGCACAACUUCCACAACUUCACCUCUCAGAAAGGGCCCAAAGACCCCAGCGCCAAACGCUACAUCAUGGAAAUGUACUGCGAGGAGCCCUUUGUGAGGGAAGGCAUGGAGUUCGCCGUGAUCAAGGUGAAAGGGCAAAGCUUCAUGAUGCACCAGAUCCGGAAGAUGAUUGGGCUGGUGAUCGCCAUCGUGAAGGGCUUCGCUUCUGAGGCCAUCAUGGAGCGUUGCUGGGGGGAGGAGAAGGUGGACGUCCCCAAAGCCCCAGGGCUGGGCCUUGUUUUGGAGCGGGUUCACUUUGAAAAGUACAAUAAACGUUUUGGGAACGAUGGGCUCCACGAGGCCCUGGAGUGGGUGGAAGAAGAAGAAAAGAUUGCUGCUUUUAAAGAGCAACACAUCUACCCCACGAUCAUAAGCACGGAGAAAGAAGAGAAGUCCAUGGAGAGCUGGGUGGAGACGCUCUCCAACCACGACUUCAAUUCCACUGUCUCAAGGGCACCGGUGGACAACAGGGAUUCAAAGAGUGAUGAUCCUGAAGGCAGCGAUGGAUGCGGAGAUGACUCGGACUGAACUGAAAUCUGCUCCAGAGGGCAGAAAUAUAACAGCACGUGGGUUGCCCCACACCGUUCUGGGAAACUUCUGCUCGAUAACCUUGGGGUCGUCUCUCAACUGUUGGUGCUCAUCUGCUUCAUUGAUGAGCAUUGCCCAUGGCGGAUCACCAGGCCAAGCUGUGGGAGGAGAAGAAAAAGGACUUUUAGAGCAACUCUGUCUAUGGUUACUGGGUGGGAAAUAAUGUCAGCUGGAGCCAAUAGUGCAUUAAUUAUGCUUUACAAAAGAAUUAUGUCAUUUUUACUAUGUCCAGUGCACAAUAGAAAGUAAUUAAUAAUCGGACUCUUAAGACAAUGAAAAGGUUUUUUAAAUAUCAUUUUCCCCUCCUUUUUAAAAUGAAGGCCAAAGUUUAUUCCUCCUUUCUUUUGGGCUUUUUCUGAUUGUACUUCAUUCCAGCUCAGCUUGUGGAAGGAGAGACACCCCCUUCCCUUCCUUAGCUUGCCAUGUCUUUGCCUCUGGUGUCCCAAGAGACAAAAUGGUUUCUCUGAACAAAACCUGACUGUGGAAUAUAUAAAAAAUGAGCUACUUGUGUCAGAGGGCUUUAAAAAGAAAAGUUUGUCUCUGGUUUUUGUUUUCUUUUUUGAAAAUAAAAUAAAGACUUCUCGUGGCACAAUUAGAAAAGAAAAAUCAUCCCUACGUUUUCUGUGUACGAAAUAAAAGAGCUUAAGAUUCUGAGAAGA